AUGAAUGAGUACAUGGCAGCCCACCACAAGCCCGCGCCCGCGUCGUAUCCCUCGAGCCCGGCCGUGGUGCUGCCGCCCACACCUCAGCAGGUCACCUCACCACCGCCACAGUACUCGGCCGACUCUCCGCCUGCGGGCGCGCGGGCCAGCAGCAAGGCCGGCCGAAAACCGGCGCGCAAGGUCAGUGGCGCCAGCUCGGCUCGGCGUACGACUCUUGCGACGCCCAAAGAGUCCUCCGUCCCCAGCGCUCCGCUGUCCAGGAUUCACCCAGACCUAGACCCUCACUCUCGGAUCGAUGUGGCGCCGACCCAGGACGUGCUCUUCCUGCGCGACAAGAAGAAGCCGAACACGCCCGAAUACCUGCAUGUGACGGUCACCAACCCGAGGAACGCGCGGCUGGUUGCUGUCACGCUGGCACGAGACGGCGCGGAUGAGAUCGAGGACCCUAGCGUGGCCUUUGUCCCGCUAAAAGGCAACCAGUUCAUGGUGCUGCUCGAUACCUCGACCCUCUACAACAAAGCUGGCGUGCAGGUGAUGCGUUUGCGCUUGAUCGACCUGGAGUACCGGGUGGUCGCCCAGCAAGACUUCCACUACGUCGUGCAUAGCAAGAGCACGCAGCGACCGGACAUGUUCUAUCGCGUGGCCAUGCGCGAGCUCCAGCAGAUUCCGACGUGGGAGGUGGCAUGGAAGUGGAUCUCCCGCUUCUAUGCCAAGCGGUGCUACCGCGACCUCACCGGCAAGCAGAAGGCCGGCGCCAAAACGGAUCAGCCCCUGCCUUCGGAGGACAUCGUACUCAGCAUCCACCGGCUGACUCCCAGCGAGGAGAUCACCCCCGACAUCUUCCAGCGGCUCAUCGCGUGGACCAACUCCUUCUACGCGCUCUACAACACCGCUGACGUUCAAGCGCUGAUGGAGUCGUCGUUGCUCCACUUCAUCCCCCCUUCUCGGGUCGAGAAGGUCCUCAAGGAAGCCUCCGAGCUCACCGGCCGCCCCACGUUCUUGCUCCGCUUCUCGUCCCAGCCGGACGCGCUCGCCUUGAAUUUGUACAAGGGGCGCUUGCAGGCGACCAUCGUGCGCAUCUAUGACCCUCACUCCGACAAGGCUCUGCGGGCGGCGCUCAAUCAAAUUAUCGAGCUCCUGAAGCAGCCCGAACAAGAGGGCACUCUGGCGCUGCACUCCAUUGACCGGCACACCGAUGCGGGCUAUCGGACGUGUGACGUCAAGCUGCUGGAGGAGACCAUCAAACAGCUCAAGUGCAUGAAGGACCACAGCCUCAAGCUGCCCCACGGCUACGAGAACAACACCACCUUCGGAACAGCUGUCAACGAGCUAGCGGGAGGCAAGCGAAAGCACAUCGAACCGGCUUCUCCCGCUGUUGGGUCUCCGUACGGCGCGCACCUGCCCAGCGAAGAAGAGGCUGAGGAGGAGCUGGAUCACGGGCAGGUCCUUCGGCCCGCUGCCACCGGUGGGGCAGCCCACUCGGCCCAGGCCACUGUGGAAACCCUGUACGCCCAAGCCAUGGCAAAUGAAGAGGUGGGCAGAAGUCUCUACGAGCUGCUCCGGCGACAGUUCGGCGGCCUCUCCCUCUCGCCUUUCGUUGAAGGAGAGGAUAUGGAGUCGCCAUACAUGAAGAUCGAGCCGCUGCAGCUGAGCGAGGGCGUUGAUGGUUGCGAGUCCAGCGAAAUUGACAGCUUCUUUGACAUCAUCCUUUCAUCUGAAUGA